GGAUCUCAGGGACAAAAGGCUCAGAUGAAGCGUGAACGCAACGCAAAGUCGGCUGGCAAGGCUGCAAACUCUCAGCUCAAAGUGAAUGAGGCUGCAAAGAACAUUAUCUGCAAGCAGUGUUUCCAGACCUUCCUCUGCACCAGUCGUGAAAAAGCUCUUACUGAGCAUGCUGAGAACAAGCACGGCAAGACCAUGAAGGAUUGUUUCCCCGGU